CUGGGAGUUACUGAUUAUCUUUGAAGAAACAUGAAGUCACACUCUGUUGUUAUGCUUACUCUAACCAUCCUGGUGUUCCUGACAUGGGUCCCUGUGUCACUGAGUUGUAAUAAAGCACUCUGUGCUAGCGAUGUGAGCAAAUGCCUCAUUCAGGAACUCUGCCAGUGCCGACCUGGAGAAGGAAAUUGUUCCUGCUGUAAGGAGUGUAUGCUGUGUCUCGGAACCCUUUGGGAUGAGUGCUGUGAUUGUGUUGGUAUGUGUAAUCCUCGAAAUUAUAGUGACACACCUCCAACUUCAAAGAGCACAGUGGAGGAGCUUCAUGAGCCAAUCCCUUCUCUCUUCCGGGCACUCACAGAAGGAGAUACUCAGUUGAACUGGAACAUCGUUUCCUUCCCUGUCGCAGAAGAACUUUCACAUCAUGAGAAUCUGGUUUCAUUUUUAGAAACUGUGAACCAGCCACACCACCAAAAUGUGUCUGUUCCCGGCAAUAAUGUUCAUGCUCCUUAUUCCAGUGACAAAGAACACAUGUGUACUGUGGUUUAUUUUGAUGACUGCAUGUCCAUACAUCAGUGUAAGAUAUCCUGUGAGUCCAUGGGGGCAUCCAAAUAUCGCUGGUUCCAUAAUGCCUGCUGUGAGUGCAUUGGUCCAGAAUGCAUCGACUAUGGUAGUAAAACUGUCAAAUGUAUGAACUGCAUGUUUUAAAGAAGGAAAAGAAAUGCAAAUCAAAGCAAUUUAGUCGAAGAGAAAGGCGUAAAAAGCUAUUCAUUGAGGUCUACUGGUUGCACCAGAACGCCAGCAGGUUAAGGAGAUGUAAAGCAUUUGGACUGAAUUACUUUUAAAGUAUGACAAAUGCGGUAAUGUGUUAAAUUAUGAUUAUAACUGCUCUGUUUGAUUUUACUGUCCACUAACAAUAAGCCCUUUCCUCUAAAUACAUGUACAACUUGGGUGAUAUGAGAAGCAAGUGCACAGAGAAUUCCUUGAAAGAUAUGAGAUUUCUAAUAUAAAGCCUGAUGUCAUUUUCUUCUAGCA